AUGGAGAACGUUUGGGAAGCUAUGCAAAAUCUUAGUCUUGGCGGUGAAAGUCGCCUCCUGCAACCAAUCUCUGCUGAUGCCCGAAGAGUUCGUUCCGAUAAUAACAGGUUAAGUCUGAUUGCCCUAGGUCUUAACCCAACUCAUCAAAAACCUGUCGAUCUGAAGAUUCUACUUCUGAAAGCUUGGAAAUUGAAAGGUAAACUCACAAGCCGAAUCAAUAAUGAUGGUACUGUCCAAUUCUAUUUUAAAGCGGAACAUCACCUGAUGAACAUUUUGGAGCAUGGUCCUUGGCACUGUAAUAACUGGAUGGUCGCUAUUGAUCGAUGGAUUCGAAGAUUCGAGCCUGACUUCCUUCAACCGAUUUCGUUUUGGGUUAAAAUUUUGCAUAUUCCAGAGGAUUUUCGCUCUGAAACCAUCAUUCAUGAGGUGGGUGAUAUAUUGGGCGUCAUCGAUGAAAUUCAAAUCACUGAAGCUUCUGUAGAUGGUGAUAGUGAAGUGUGGAUUCACGUGCAUAAGAAUAUCCAGGAUCGGCUGAUCUUCAUUCGAUAUAUGGAGUUCAAAACAGGACACUCUACCAUGGUCCGUUUUAUCUAUAAGAAGUUGCGCAAGUUCUGUUUUAGGUGUGGAGCACUCACGCAUAGUGACUCUACUUGUCAAUAUGAAGGAGAAGUUUAUUAUCGACAACAUAUUGUGGACAAUGUUUCUAACAUUUCUAUGCCUUUGCAACAGCAGCCCGAUGCUGAGUUAUCUCAAUCGGGUGUUGGGUCCUCUGAUGCUGCACACCAUUUACAUCACUCACCCCUUCAUGAAAAUGUUGAGGGAGAUAAUACUAUGGUAGAAACGGUGGAAUCAAAUGCUCAUAUAGAAGAGCCUUCGCCGAUCCCAGGUUCAGUGCAAGCUGACUUUCAGUUUCGUCAACCCCCAGUUCCUUUUAUCCCAGGUUCCUCACCACCUGUUGAUCUAGAUGCCAUUCGAGGAACAAAGCGCACCGGCGGUGGUCUAGCAAUUUUCUGGGACAAUCAUGUUCAGCUAGACCUUUGUCAUCAUUCUCUCAAUUUUACUGAUGUUUAUAUCAGAGAUGGAGUUUCUAAUUACUGCAUCAGUUAUGUUUAUGGUCCCCCUUAUCAGCGUCUACGACAAGCUCUUUGGAAACAAAUGCAGAGUAGCGCACCUCAGUAUCAUGUCACCCCUCGAUUGGUCUUAGGGGAUUUCAACAUCAGAUCUAACGAUGAGAAAACUGGAGGUCCUUUACGAUAUGAAUCCAGUAUUGCCAUCUUCUGA